AUGACAUUCGCUAUACCUAGUUUUGAUACUCCAUUUGGUAUCCCGUUGUGGCCCUUAUUUGAUGAAUAUGUUGGUAAGUUGAGUCAAGGAGCUUUUAUUCCAUCCAAGUUUGAGUUUAUUGCUGGAGAAUUACCGUUAUCAACGUUUCCAGUGGCUGCCGGUACCAUUGCUACAUAUUAUGUUGUGAUCUUUGGUGGUGAUUACUUGUUUAAGAAGUUCAAAUGGACUCCACUUGUUUUGAAUGGAUUAUUCCAAGUCCAUAACUUAUUUUUAACUACUUUGUCGUUCACCUUGUUAACUUUGAUGGCCGAACAAUUAAUUCCAAUUAUUUAUCAUCACGGUAUCUUCUAUGCUAUUUGUAACCCAAAUGCUUGGACUCAAGAAUUAGUUUGCUUAUACUAUUUGAAUUACUUGACUAAAUUUUGUGAAUUCAUCGAUACCGUUUUUUUGGUUGUUAAACAGAAAAAAUUAACUUUUCUUCAUACUUACCACCAUGGGGCCACUGCCUUGUUAUGUUAUACUCAGUUGAUUGGUUUGACUCCAAUCUCCUGGGUUCCAAUCACUCUUAACUUGGGGGUUCAUGUGGUUAUGUAUUGGUACUACUUUUUGGCUGCUAGAGGUAUUAGAGUCUGGUGGAAAGAAUGGGUUACCCGUUUCCAAAUUAUUCAAUUCAUCUUAGAUUUAGGCUUUGUCUACUUUGCUACUUACCAAAAAAUCGUUUAUACUUACUUUUCUGACUACCUUAAUGUCUUACCAGUUUGUGGUGAUUGUGCCGGUACUAUGUUGGCUGCUUAUUCCGGUUGCGCAAUUCUUUCUUCUUAUUUGGUAUUAUUCAUUGCCUUUUAUAUUGACGUCUACAAAAAGAAAACUUCUAAGAAAUCAAGAAAAGUUAGAGCCGCUUCUACUGGAGGAGUUGCUUCUCGUCUUAACGAAUACGUUUAUGUUUCUGGGAGAAAUGACUCUCCAACUCCAGUUCCUGAAUCUCAAGUUCGUGCUAGAAAAACAUAA